AUGGGCAAAAUCGAGAGAAAGAGUCCCAAGGGCUCCAAGAGCUCUGAAAAGCCUCAAGGCMACAAAACAGAAAAAACUCCGAGGCAGGGCAGCACCGAAGCCGUCGACCCGCGGAACUUUACAAGCUUCCGUGAGGACCAGAAGGAUUGGUCCUGGGACAAUCUCCCAGCCAUCCUCUAUCAGUUCAAGCCCACAAAGGAGGAUGAGAAGAAAGAGCGAGAGCCUCCCAAGAUGAAAGUCCUGGGCGGCAAAUGGGUCAGAGACAUCGGGAUCCUUCCGGAUCACAUUUCCUCUGACGUCGAGGAGUUCAGAGUCGAGGCAUGGAUGCGACUCGACAGGCGCAUCCACUUACAAGACAUUAUUGAUAGGAUGCACAAGGAUUUUGCAAUUGAACGUAACGCCCUUCAGCAGCGGAAUGUCAGAUUUCGGAAAGCUUUCCACCUGAUUGCCUGGAGUUCAGGCAACAAGAUCAGUUGUCAGCUUGAGCAAGAUGUUCUCGAAAAAAUGAGUGAGCAAAACAUCGACCCCACCCUCAAUUCGACCCGUGGGUUGACUCCGGGCCUUAUCAACCCUGAGCUUGGAGAAGCGGGUGGUCGCAUCGCUCUUCCUGACAAUUAUGGACCUGACAGACGUGGCCAUCGUGGACCACGCACGCCAAAGAAGAAAAGGACUGCGGCAAAGACUGAAGAGGACGUCGAUAUGAGCGAUGCUCUUGACCCCAUCACUCCUGUUAGAGAAUAUGUGCCUCUGACUCCCCCGUCAAUACCACCUCCCUUCAUCAAGACUGACUCUUCGUUCGGUCAACGUGCAGCUUCUGGGGAGUCGAUGACUACCAUUUUCAGUCCUUCUUCUCCUGUUCCAAACUCCUCUGUUCCCCUUUCGCCUAUCCUCAGUUCUCCUCUUCUUUCUCCUGUCCUCUCUCCCGUCCCUUCUCCUGUCCCCGGUUCUCCGGUUCUUACUUUUACUGUUCCCGAAGAGGACCACCUCGACUCUCCUCUGGAGGAAACCCUCUAUGAUGGAGACCUGUGCCCUUGCAACUUCGACUUUUUGUUCAAGGAAGAAUCGCGUCAAGGACUCGACUGGCCGCGCCGUUGCGAAGAGGAGCUCUCUGGCCUGAAAGUCUUGAAAAUGCGCCACCGGCUUCAAAUGAAGCGCCAGCACAAGGCCUUCAAGAAGACGCUACCUUUCUGCAACACCGAUUCCCUGUACGCCAAAUUUGCCAGCAAGUUCCACCUCGACGACAUGAUCAACGUUGUCCCAAUUUCUCGCACGACUGCGCCGCCAUCGCCGGAUCCACUAUUUCCAUCACUCACCUACGAGCCUAUGACGUUGCGGCUGAUUUGUCGCCCACGUCCUACUGACGAGGGUGCGUUGAAAUGGGUAUACGACGUUGCACUCAACGAGUAUUACGCCGGGCAGCGAUUCCUCUUUGAAAUGCCUUAUGUGGAGGGCGUCAUGUGA